AUGGCCGUGUCAAGGGUGCUGGUCAUUGCCGGCUCUGACAGCUCCGGCGGCGCUGGCUUAGAAGCUGAUCAGAGGGUUCUGGCUGUACAUGGCUGCUAUGCUUUGACUGCCACAACUGGCCUGACGGCUCAGAAUACCCAAGGAGUGCAGGAUAUUUUCGUUGUCCCGGCGCAAUUUGUGAAAAAGCAGAUUAAUGCUGGGUUAGAAGAUGUUGGAGCCGAUGUUGUCAAGCUGGGAAUGCUUUCAUCGGCGGAAACGAUCGAUGUGGUUGCAGAAGCAUUGACAACACAUCAGGUCCCUUCGGUGGUGCUGGACCCGGUCAUGAUCUCCACGAGCGGAUCUCAGUUGUUACCCGAAGCCGCUGUUCAAGGUCUGCGCACGAAACUAUUACACCUGACGACGAUUCUCACUCCCAAUAUUCCCGAGGCGCUACUAUUGUUAAAGGACUCGGGGCUGGAUGUGCAAGAACCCGAAGACCUCGAUGGUCUUAUCGAACUCACGAAGCAGGUUCGCGCCUUGGGUCCCAAGGCUGUCCUUCUCAAGGGCGGUCAUUUGCCGCUCACAAAAGACCACAAGACAGCGCGUUGUCCCGAAGAUGCAUCAGCAGUCAUUGACAUUUUGUAUGAUGGAGAGACUGUAACUCUCUUUGAAACCGACUUCUUGGUAUCCAAGAACACUCACGGAACGGGCUGCUCUCUGGCCUCGGCCAUCGCUGCCAACCUAGCUCUCGGCAAGGAUAUGAAAUGCGCAGUCCACAAUGGCGUUCGAUAUGUCGAGGCAGGUAUUAGGACAAGUACCGACCUGGGCAAAGGAAGCGGCCCGAUCAACCACUUCCACUCUGCGUUUUCUCUGCCCUUUGCACCUGAUCGAUUCCUGGAAUAUGUGCUGGACCGGCCCGACGUCAGCCACGUUUGGAAGAGAUUUACAGAACAUGAAUUCGUCCGCGGUCUGGGCAGCGGUGCUCUUCCAGUGGAACGGUUCAAGCAGUAUCUGGUGCAAGAUUACCUCUACUUGACUCACUUCGCCAGAAGUAAUGCUCUGGCUGCUUACAAAGGGAAAUCCAUGGCGUCUAUUGCGGCGUCUGCCAAGAUCGUGCUACAUAUUGAGCGCGAGACAGCCUUGCAUCUAAACUACUGUGCCUCCUUUGGCCUUACAAAGGAAGAGAUGGAGAGUUACCCGGAGACGCUCGCCUGUACCGCGUACAGCCGAUACAUCCUCGACGUGGGACAGUCAGACGACUGGCUGGCACUGCAGAUGGCUCUGGCGCCGUGUCUCAUCGGAUAUGGGGCCAUUGCCAAGCGACUGUACACGGAGAAAGAAACCCUUCGUGAAGGGAACCGGUACUGGCAGUGGAUCGAAAACUAUGUUGCAGAAGACUUCUCAGAAGCUGUCCGAUUGGGUUCCGAACUGCUGGAGUCACACAUGCGGCAAGUGUCAGUCAGUCGGAUGGAGGAACUGAUCAAGAUCUUCAUCCGAGCCACGGAAUUGGAGAUCAACUUCUGGGACAUGGGACUGGGUGAGCGACCACAAAUGCAUGGUAUCGCUUUGAGGACCCAGGGAUCUGUACAAUAA